AUGGAGACUCAUUUGGAGGCAAAUGAUCUCUGGAAAACUGUUGAGGAAGACUAUGAAGUUUUUCCUUUACCAGCCAAUCCAACUAUGGCUCAAAUUAAAAAUCAAAAGGAGAGGAAAGCUAGAAAGUCAAAGGCGAAGGCUACCUUGUUUGCUGCUGUUUCACAGGACAUUUUCACCAGAAUCAUGACAAUCAAAUCAGCAUUUGAAGACUGGAAUUUCCUCAAGGAUGAAUAUGAAGGAGAUGAAAGGAUCAAGGGAAUGCAAGCCAUGAAUCUGAUUAGAGAAUUUGAAAUGCAAAAAAUGAAGGAGUAUAAAACAAUCAAGGAGUAUGCAAACAAACUUCUUAGCAUUGCUAACAAGCUUCUAUUGCUUCAUUGGAAAAUACUAAUUAAGGAUCUGUCAAAGAUUACAUUGGCAAAACUUGUAAGUGCUAUGCAGUCCCAAGAGCAGCGGAGGUUGAUGAGACAAGAUGGUGCAGUUGAAGGUGCUUUACCAGCCAAGCACCAUCAUGCUGAAUCCAGUAGAAAGAAAUAUGUCAAGAAGAACCAGCCAACAAGCAGUGAAAAUAGUGCAAACAACCAAAACAAAGGUAAGGGUAAAAAGAAAAAUUAUCCACCUUGUCAACAUUGCGGAAAAUUGGGUCACCCACCAUACAAAUGUUGGAAAAGACCAGACGCAAAGUGUAGCAAGUGCAAUCGGCUUGGACACGAAGCUAUAAUUUGUAGAAGCAAAGUUCAGCAGCAUGAAGCCGAUGCCCAAGUUGUUGCAAGAGGAAGAAGAUUAUAUUUUUACUGCAACGUGUUAUUCGAUGAGGAGUAG